UCCUCCUCCACGUCCUCCGGGGCUCCCGGCGCUGCUGCCGCCCCCGUCCCCGCCUCCGCGGCUCAGCUGAGCGCCCAGCAGCGUGCCGCCAUCCGCCAGGCGCACCUGUUCGACCCGCUGCCGGAGGGCUACUGCUUCAACGGCACGCAGUACUUUGACGCGUUCGGGGAUGCGUCGCUGGAGCACCCGCACAUGGACAGGUUCAUCGCCGAGUGGCUGGCGGAGCAGCGCGCACAGCAGACCCAGGAGGCAUCCCAGGCGGCGGCCAGCAAGGCAGCAGCGGGGGGAGGGCUGGUGGUGACGCGCGUGCUGGGGCCCGUCAGGUGGUGGUGAGGAGGGGUGUGUGGGUCGAGGAGGGGUGGAGAUGGGGUGGGGGUGCGAGGUGAAGCGGUAGCUGCCAUGCCGCGUGUGCGUGCGAGUUGUGGUAGCGUGCGAUGGAUGGCGUCGUUGCGGUACUACUGCGUGCAUGGUUCAGUGUUUGAAGUGGUGAUGUGAAGAACGUGGUGGGUUUGACGUUGCCGAGGACUGGAUGCAAGGCGUGCUGCUGUGGGAGUCAUUGAGUAUUUGUUUUUGGUACUUGGUUGAGCCAACCGGCGGGAACCCCACGCCUCAUAACCCCGUGAGCCGAUUGCAAACUAUAGAUGUCACAAUACUGCAAAAACUUGACGUGCGUCAAGAACCCAAACUCAUCCCCAAUGAAGGCAUUAGGGACGACCGGGCUGUAUUGUACCCCGCUGUAAUUUGUGUCUGCCG